UCUCUAGGCGGGUGGACUAUCCUACAGUACAUAAACUGGCAGCAACGACCGAAAGUGUUGCAUCUGGAGUGUAUAGGACGCAUUAUAGAAACGGCGCACAAAUGGCGACGGAUACUGCAUCACUGCUCGGCCUAGAGGGAGAACUCACAUGUAGUAUCUGCAUGAGCAUUUUUGAAAACCCCGUUACUCUCCCCUGUGGUCAUAACUUCUGUCAAGGCUGUUUGGAUGUGGCUUGGAAAGAAAAUGCCCUCCUGUCAUGUCCUCAGUGCAGACACAAUUACACUAGCAAACCCGAGCUGAAGAAAAACACUGUCCUAAGUGCUAUUGUUGAGACCAUCAAAACAAAGUCAUCUUUAUCGGAAUCAGACCAUUCCAAUGACAUACCAGUCAAGCAGGAACCAGAUGUCAUCAAAUGUGAUACCUGCAGGGAGGUAAACGCAGUUAAAACCUGCCUUACAUGUAUGGCCUCGUUCUGUGAAGAACAUCUGAAGCCGCACGAGGAAAAUCCUGUUUUCCGCGCGCACCAACUGACCGACCCUUUAGGAGAUCUGCAGGAGCGGAUUUGCCAGGACCAUUACAAGAUCAAAGAGUUCUUCUGCAAGGAACACGAGUGCUGCAUCUGCAGCACAUGUCUACAGGUGCAUCGAGAUUGCGACUACACCACCCCACAGGAAAGACGAGAACAGAAAGAGUCUGAGAUAAGUGGUAUGUUGAGUUUGCUUCAGAGAAAGAUCGACAAGAACAACAUUGUUAUGGCCCAAAUGGGGCAGCAGGAGUUGGAGCUACAGGAUGAUGCAGUUGCUCGUAAGAAGAUGGUGAACACAAAGUAUCAGUUCAUAAGAGAUCUGAUUGACAGGGAUGAGCAAGAUGCUUUGAGAGCCGUGGAUAAGGAAUUGGAGAGUGGUCAGACCAAGCUCCAGUCUCUAACAAAGACAUUUGGUAAGAAUGUGGAGAAGAUGAGCCAAACCAAAGUGGAGCUCAACGGCCUUCUGUCAAGAGCGGAUUCGUUGUCCUUCCUGCAGGCUUCAGUCGAAUUGCCCUUCAACGCCAAGUUUGACCCUUACUGCCCCCGUAUGAACACAGACUCCGAAGCUGUGACAGCCUAUCAGUCCUCUGCUGUUGCCAUCAAGCAGCUACUGGACAAAAUUCUGAGUGUACCAGCAGAAAACCGAAUCUCAGUCCUUGCAGAUUUUGAGAAGGUUCUUGACAAAGAUUCUGGUUCUGGUUGCACUCGCCCUCCUCUGGCGGGGCAUGGCAACCCAGGCGCUCCCUUCAGACCAGAUGGCCAGAGAAUGAAUCCAACACAUCCACACAAGAAGCCAGAACACACGAAGGGCCAAAAGGACCAAAAGGGAGACAAGUCAAACUGGCAUCAUGAUAAAGACAAGAAGCCAGAUGCAAGCAAAUGGCAAAAGGCAGAAAAAUCAGAGCACCACCAUCGUGACAAAGGUACUGUAGAUCAUGGAAAGAAGGCACACAAACAGCCGCCUACCCAGCCCUCUGGACCAUCUCGGCCAGCUAGUACUCCAUCUCGGCGUGGAAAAUGACAGACUAAGCUCACAUUAUGGCUACUCUCUGUCAUGGUACCCUGCCAUCACAGCUGAGCGGAUUCAGCCAAAUUGAUUUUACUAACCGAAAUCGCAUUGCAGGCGUCAAUGAGAGAACAACACUUAACAUAGUCUUUACUUACAUUAUUUUGGUUUUGAUUUUCUAAUUAGAUUACGUGUUUACAUGUCAUGAUAAAUUUGAUAAUGUUUGAUCGCUGUUUUGGUGUGAAGCAUCUUUCACUUAAUGAAUGCACACUUUAGAAAGUGAAAGUAGCCUAGGCUUACUAUGUGCUCCGUGUGCUGUGCAUGUCUGCAAUCGAUUACCUUCCUCAAAUGGAGAUCACAUCCAUGUUCCCUCGCGUGGCCACUCUGUGUAAUUCUAUUGUGUUUGCAAAAUUCCUGACAGUUCCUGAUGCCUAAACUUGCGUUUUUCUUUCCAGUUUUCUUUAGCAGUUGUUCUUUAAUCACAUAACAGAAUGAUUUUCUGAAAAACCAUAUGAACGGGCCCUAGACAUUGAUUAGUUAAACCGUUGGAUUAGUUUUAUUUGAUGUUUGUCUUGUUCUGAGGGCCAGCUACACCAGGUACAAGGUCUGUUUGCUCAUGUGACCCUGUUCGACAGCGGCUGAAACGUUUAUGAUCAAUCUUGAGGUCAUGCCAGCUGUGCUGCUGUUCAGUUCUAUCCAUGGACCAGAUUUGGACAUUCUCCUGUCUCGAUUAACAGAAAGACCGCUUAUACAGAGGUCAGUAAUCUGAACAGGCCCGGAUCUAGACUGCUAGGGGGAAGAAAAUCUGGCGAGUUUUGUCAAAAUAAAUGGACAGAUUGGGUUACAAAUAUGACAUAGCCAAUCCUUCAACAGAU